AACCUGAAAGACAAGGCCGACGCAGCAUGGAGCCGAGACCCCGCGUGGAGAGCUCCGGCGCGCUCAACGACGUGUACGUGAAAAGCCAGGAGCACCUGCUCAGGCCGACGUCCGAGAACCCGCUGCCGACCUCCGUCCCACCGCCCUCGGCCGGGAUGGCAGGCCUGAUCGGCGUGCGCCAUGUGCUCAUCGUGAUUGGUCUGCCGGAGCGCGGCAAGUGCUUCAUCGCACAGCGUCUCUCAAAGUACCUCUACUUUUUCCACGGCGCAGAGGUCAAGCUCUUUGACGUCGCAGAGUACAUGGGCUGCCAGCCCGUCGACAUUGGCCACGCGGCGCAACCGCAGGACGAGUGUCGCAUCGAGGCGUCGGCCAACACGCUCACGCGCGACCUCAAGCUCUUCCUCAACUCGUCGGGCGAGGCGGCGAGGCGGGCGGGCGGGAACAUGACGGUGCCGGUGCCGCGGAACUGCCAGACCGCGCAGGCGCGCGCCGCCGAGCGGGCGAUGGCGGCGGCGCGCGAGGAGAUCCAGAACACCGAGCAGCACCUCUUGGUGGACGAGGCGGACCGGCGGCGCAAGAAUGUCGACUCGGGCAAGGUGGCCAUCAUCUUCACGUCAGACGGGAUGGGUAGCUUCUACGAGAAGUGGGCGUGCACCUCCAAGGAGCGGCGGCGCUGGGCGGCCGAGACCAUCCAGUCAGACAAGCGCCUCGGUGCCAAGGUGAUCUUCAUCGAGGUGAUAGUCAACUCGGCAAAGCUCAUGGAGCAAAACCUGCUGUCCAAGAUCCGCCAUGAGCGGCGCCUCUCUCGCGGCGCGGAGGCGCGCGACUCGCGCGACUCGCGCCAGUCGCGCGAGGGGGAGGAGAACGCGCGCGGCAUCGCCGUGCCCUCCUCGCCCGCCACCCCCGGCAGGCCGACCCGGGCCAGCUCCUCGCGCAAUCAUGGGUACGGCUCCGGAUACGACUGGUCCGCCGCCGCCGCCGAAGCCCUCGAGGAGAGCGACGACAUCCCUCCGCGGCUCGUGCGUGAGUUCCACGCGCGGGUGAACCGCUUCGCCCGCGUGUACGUCUCGCUCCAGGAGGACGGCUCCGAGGACGACCUCUCGUACAUCAAGCUCAUCAACUACGGAGACAAGGAUAACAUGCACGGGUUCCUGCGGAUGAGGAUCGUCCAGAUCCUCACCGUCGUUCACCCGUCGCCGCACGUCAUCUACCUGACGCGCCACGGCCAGUCCACGUACAAUCAGCUCGGCAAGAUCGGCGGCAACUCGCCCCUCUCGCCCGCCGGCGAGGAGUACGCGCGCCGGCUCGGCGCGUGGGUGAUGCCGUACGUGUGCUACCAGCAGGCUGCCGGCCUCGACUCGCUCACAAAGACGCGCCUGUGGACCUCCUCGCUCCAGCGCACCAUCCUCACCGCCCAGCACAUCCCACACCCGAUCAUCAGCGAGGAGGACCUCGGCACUCCGUCCGUGCCGCCCGAACCCGACGCCGACGAUGCCCUCGCCAACGGCGACUCGCCGACCCGCUGCAGCGCCGGCCGCAGCAGCGGCUUGCGCGGGACCCCGCCGCGCGCGAACGGGCUCCGAGAGCGGCUGCGCUCGGGCGGCCUCUCCGGCGUCGUCGGCGGCGUCGCGCUCGGAGGGAUCGACUUGGACUCGGACCGCGGCGGCGGCGGCGACCGCGACCGCGUGUGGCAGCAGAUGGCGCCGCGCGUGUACCGCAACCUCGACGAGAUCUUCGCGGGCGAGUGCGAGGGGAUGACGUACGAGGAGAUCCAGCACAGCUUCCCGUCCGAGGCGAAGAUGCGCGCCACCGACAAGAUCGGCUUCCGCUACCCGCGCGGCGAGUCGUACCUCGACAUCCUCGCGCGGCUCGACCCGCUCGUGCACGAGCUCGAGUCGUACCACGAGCCGCUGGUCAUCGUCUCGCACCAGGCCGUGCUGCGGCUGCUUUACUGCUACCUGACCGGCCGGACGCGGGCGCAGGCGCCCAAGCUGUCGAUGCCGCUGCACACGGUCAUCCGAAUCACCUACGACGGCUGGACGCCGCCCACUGAGGAGCGCUUCUACCUCGGGCCGGAGUGCUCACAGACGGACGGGCAGACGCACCUCUGAGAGUGGAGUGGCGUCGCCGCCCCCGACAGAGGCGCACCGGCGAGUACAGGUUGGUCGUGCGGUAGCGAACGUACGUCUACGUGUACUUCUUGAGGGGGAAGUCGAGGUUGAUUGAGGCGAGGUCGUUGAGACUUUGGAGAGUGUUGAAUGUAUCGAGCUGCAGCUGGAGAGGGUGGUUCGGGAUGUGUAGCCGUAGAGCCCAUGUCUUAUUGCUCCCGAGUGCCUGUGGUGUGUGCAGAGAAGGGGUCGCGUUCUCUGGGCCGGCGCGGGGCCCCCCGGAGGCACCGUGCGCCGCGCCGCAGUGCGGAAACGGGGCUCCGGCUCUAUGAGUCAGUCUCUAUGAGCACCGACUUCCCGAAUGAUCACGGUUGAUCAGAGGGCAGAUUUGGAGAGAUCUCGAGGAGUACAUACAGAUAGACCCUCC